AUGCCUCACCUUUUUAGCGACUCGUCUGUUUCCUUCCUGAAGCGAUUUCAGUUUAUUCAACGCGGUAGGCAUGGCGAAGUUGCACGGGAGGGAACCAUUCCGACUGACACGCUUUCACUCAUGGAUGUGUUGCUUCAUACCAACAGUACAUUUACUUUGUUUUUUCACUUAAAACAUGCUUUGGAUACCGCACAGAGGAGCGAGAAUGCGAACGAUGGCACUUCUUCUGCACGACGGACCGAUGAUUUGGCAAACGCCUUGCAUCACCUGCAAGAAGACAUGACGGAAUUUGAUGAUGGGCUCUCAGAGGAGAUUUUAGGGCCGAUUCUGCUUUCAUUUCUUAACUUUUAUUUGGAUCGGAGCAUUGAUAUGAUGUCCAUUCGCCGAACGUUAUGUACACUCUUUGAGACCACACCAUACCUCCGCGAGAUGCAUGAUGACGAAGAUAAAAAUCAACCAUUGAGCUCCAAUAUUGCUCUGUUGUUGUUAAAUCUUUCGAGGGCACUUCUUCACUCUCAGGCCAAAGGGGAAAUGUCUUUGAGGAAGAAAAACAGGGUAGUGCAACAGCAUGCGUUACCCCUCCUACCCUGGUUACGAUCUUGCGCAAGGAAGGCAACGCAGAAACCCACCUGGUAUUGGUGGGCAUCACAGAACUCACGCACACUCUCUAUUCUCACGAAUGGUGCAUUUGUUUACCGUAGCACCAUGUGUGAAGCUGCGGCGGAUGAGGAUGCCAUUUUAGUUUCGUAUGCUGCACAGCCGACUCCGAGGAAGCGAGGGCGCGGGGUAGACGAUGAUGAUGUGAUGGAGGCGGCGGUGGAAAAAAAUAGAAGAAUAUCUUCAACGUCCCAAACUCACCUGAAUGGCGGUAAGUUCUCGCUUGGUGUUGUUCCCAUUCCGUAUGCGGUACAAGGGAUUAUUUUGGAAUAUCUUUCUCCUCGUGCACUUUCUACUGCCUGUUUAGUCUGCAAGGCUUGGUGGGGUCUUAUUGAUCAAUCCCUUACCUUGCGUUUUUAUCUGUUUGCCAGUCGGGCUGUGACUCGGGUAUUUAUUCAAUUUUUUGAGGAUGAUUGGGGAAAGGCGUGGGUGCGGCUGAAUGAACUCACCACCUUUCGGCGACUUAGCCUGCAGCGUAUGUACAUAUGCCUCGUUCAGAAUCAUCUGCAUCGACAACGUGCAUCUGCCGCGUCAAUUGGAGACUUUGUUUUACGUCUUUACAAUGAGUUUGGGAAGAAAAGCCCCCAGUGGGAAAUGUUAGAAGGACUUUGGAAUGCCAUGGAGGUGGAAAUGAAAAUAAUGCCGUUUCUGGCCCUUCGCGAUGUGACAUUUUCCUCACUUCUUCAAAACGGAACAAUUCCGUGUUGCUGCAACGAUAUUUCACGUGCUGCUGCUUUGGUACAGAUGAAACAGGUAUUGAGAUUGUUGCAAAGCUCUGAUUAUCCUUUUUUUUCAUUAUUUAAUGAACUGUUAAGGCGAUGGUCUGUGCUUCUUAGUGCGGUGCAUUCACCUCCAGCUGCGAUGUCGUAA